AAACUAGCAUUAGUCGGUGUUUUUGUCGAUGUCACAUUAUGAUUUUCGAAAAUUUUACAGAUCAAAAUUUUGCAAAGUAGUUUUGAUUAAAUAACGUCUCAAAGAAAUCAGUAUUGUACAAAAAUGCAAAUUUCACGUAGGGCAUAACUCAAAAACAAAGCUUGGAACGGCUACAUUUGGCGCUUUUGGUAAUGAAGCACCAUCAAAAACCACUGUGCGAGAAAUGAUUUAGAUAGAGGCAUCCUUGCACUUUGGCAAAAAUCAAAUACAAACGAUUUCGUAUUAGCACACAAUUUGACCGCAACUCAAAAAAAAAAAAGACCAAAACAAAUGCUCGAAAAAUUCAAUCGAGGUGCUUCUGAAAACGCUUGCUAGUAUUUUAACAGGUGGCAAAACUUGAAUCUAUGAAUUUGAGUCCGAAACAAAAUAACAAUUCUUUGUCUGAGGGUUUCAAAAUGAGCCAAAUCCAACAAAAUUGGUUCAUGCACGAAGCAGUUCAAAAAAAAUUAUUGCUUUCUUCUUCCGUAAAACUGGGCCAGUUGCUGUUGUUGCUCUUGAGGAUCGAAUAACGGUCAAUGCUGAAUGUUAUACAAAAAUUUGCUUAUCGGAAGCCAUCGACGAAAAAUAAAACAGGAAACGUCGCAUCUUCACCACGACAAUGCCAGCUCGCACACAACAAUGAUUAUACGAAGCAGAAAAAAGUAAUGAUUCAUUGUCCAUAUUCACCUGAUUAACAACCUAAUGACUUUUUCCUAUUCCUGUUUGUUAAGAACAAAAUACGUCAACAUCUGAAAAGGUCGUCGAGGCAUUCAGAAAACAUGUUUCUGAGCUAUCCAUUUCAGAGUGGAAUAAAUGUUUCGACAAUUAAUUUCUUCGAAUGCAAAAAUGUAUGGAUCUUAAAGGCACGACAUAAUGUGAAACGCAAUCCUUUCGCCGAUCUGGAGGACAGGGACAUUGCAUUCUUCGAAUCCACUGUGGGCAGUCGUUACGUGGUACAGGAAGACUUGCAAACUUACAACAUAGACUUUUGGCGUGCUGUGCGAGGCAACAGCAAGUUGGUGCUAAAACCCGGUACCACACAAGAGGUAUCAGCCAUUUUACGCUACUGCAAUGAACGCAAAUUGGCAGUUUGUCCACAAGGUGGCAACACCGGUGUGGUGGGUGGUUCUGUGCCGGUAUUCGAUGAAAUUAUAUUAUCUAUGGCACGGCUGGAUAAGAUUCUAAAAAUCGAUGAGAUCACUGGCAUUGCGGCGUGUGAGGCUGGUUGCAUACUCGAAAAUUUGGACAGAAAGGCGCGUGAAUUAGAUUUUGUAGUGCCAUUGGAUUUGGGCGCCAAAGCGAGUUGUCACAUUGGUGGCAAUGUUUCUACCAAUGCCGGUGGUUUGCGGGUGGUGCGCUAUGGCAAUCUGCAUGGCAGCGUUUUGGGUUUGGAAGUGGUGCUAGCGAAUGGUGAAGUUUUAGAUUUAAUGUCCGACUUCAAAAAGGACAAUACUGGCUAUCAUUUGAAACAUCUCUUUAUUGGCGCCGAGGGCACUUUGGGUGUGAUAACCAAAGUGUCACUUUUGUGUGCGCCACAGCCGCAAGCACAACAUUUGGCGUUUUUGGGUUUGCCUAAUUUUGAUGCAGUGCUCAGAACCUUUAGCAGCGCCAAACGCCACUUGGGUGAGAUUCUAUCCGCAUGUGAAAUGAUUGAUGCACCAACCCUGCAGGCUAACUUUGAUCAUUUUGAAUUGAAUACACCAAUCGGAAGUUUCCCAUUUUACAUGCUACUCGAGACUUCCGGCAGCAAUGGUUCACAUGAUUUGGAGAAAAUAAAUCGUUUUGUUGAAUUUGGCAUGGGAAAGGGUGAAAUUAUUGAUGGCACUAUAGCGAGCGAAGCACGUAAAAUGCAGAAAAUCUGGAAGCUACGAGAAAUAGCGCCAAUAGCUUUAGGAAAAGAUGGCUAUUGCUUUUAUUACGAUCUCUCAUUACCGUUACGCGAAUUCUACAGUAUAGUCGAUGUUUUGAGGGAGCGUGUAGGACCGCUAGCAACACGAGUCACUGGAUUUGGACAUUUGGGCGACUCCAAUUUGCACUUGAACGUAUGCUGCACCGAAUACACCCAGGAACUUUAUCACAAAAUAGAACCUUUCAUCUAUGAAUACACUCACAAGCUAAGGGGCAGCAUAAGUGCUGAACAUGGCAUUGGUUUUCUCAAGAAAAACUACUUGAGAUACAGUAAAGCCUCUGAAGCCAUAGCAAUGAUGAGAGAUGUGAAGAAGUUGUUGGACCCCAACGGUAUAUUAAACCCGUAUAAGGUGUUGAACUAAAUGGCGAUUUUAUAUACAUACACUCGUGGACACAGAAUUAAGUCAUUGGCAUUUUGAUUCCUUGUAUCAUUAUUAAAACGUAUUUUAGAUAAAGAAAAAUGAAACAGAACUUUUCAUUUAUUAAAUUUUGGCUUAAUUUUAAAAAUAACCUACAAAAAAGAGGUAUUUCACUUUAGUAAAAAAUAUUUUAAUUAAAUUUUUGUGAUGCUCGUUCUUACUGCUCGGACGUAUAAUUAAGUCAUCUGAAAAUAAAAUAUCUA